AUGGGAUACGGGGGCAUCAAAAGUCUACAAUACCGACACCUGUAUAACGUUUGUUUGAAAUGGUCAGAUGCUGAGUUAUUUGAGUUGAUUAAUGCUUUAGAAAGAGAUAUUUCAUUUUCUUCAUUUGAAUUGGGACAGCUUGUAAGAACCAAAACAUCAAUUGAUGUUGAUGAAUUUGUGGAAGCUCUAAUGGAUGUAGAUGAAAGUGAGUUGAAAGGUCGAGGCGUUGUAUUUCCUGAGGAAAAACCUGAAGAACCAAUCGAUAUAUUGUUAAGGAGUGCCAGAUACUGUUGCACCGAACGAUACAAUAGUUAUGCAGCAGUGAGUCAGGUUUUACAAAAACUUUACAGACAGGAAGUAUCAGAUUACCGUGCAGUGCAUAAGAGAUAUCCUAACCCCUCAUACGUACCUUCUGGACAAUUGUAUCGCUUCAUGAUGGCACUGGUAGGUGGACGACCUUUACCAAAUCUAUCUGAUUUGUCUUCUGGCGCCAUCCUGGACUUUCUAACUUGUUUGACCUCUAUUGCCUCCAUAGCCUUCAACCCUGAUAAUGGAAACGACGAUUGUAAUUCUGCGACAAAUCCUGUUUGUACCCGAAUGAGGGAACAACUUACAAUUGUUACAAAAAUGGUUAAACAGAAAGUCGGUGUAUAUAUGGCUCUUGUUGGUGCUAUACAUGCUAGUUCAUUUGUUAGCAUACGUGAUGAAAUAACUCUUAAAAGCGAUUUUGGUAAGGAUCCCCUUACUCCACUUCGUCUACUGUGUCAAGUCAAACAUCCUGACACGAUUUUAGGAUAUCCUCCAAUGGUGGAAUACUUGGUUGAUAAGUACGCAACCAUUUGGGAUAUACCUCAUAUUCCAGGCGCAUAUUUCUCCGAUGAGACGAAUUGUGAACUCGUGCCCCCUGGUGUAUUACGCUUUGUACUGAAACGUGUUUUAGCGUUUCCACUCAACCCGUUUACUUUGACACCAAGCAUGAUGGCUCAUUUCCAAACUAUUUUGAGUGAUUUUCAUUCGCUGUGUUCUAGUAGAACACAGCUUUCGAAAUUUUUUCGAACAUGGGUUAGAAUCAAUGUAAAAGAAGUACGUUAUUUCUCAACAUAUCCAUUGCCUUUGGAAGUUAUACCUCGUAAACGUUCAAGGGAAAGCUCUGUUGAGGAUGAUCAGGCAAAGAGGUGCUGUACUGAAAAUCCUUCAAUUACGAAUGAGUUGGAAACAGAAAAGCGCUAUACAACGGAAAGGACUACAAGUGGUCAGCAAUCUACAGUUCCUGUUACUAAUAUAAAAAUGGAAGAUCCCAAAAAUGUUGCACUAACGUCGAAUCGGUACGUGAAAUGGUGUCCUGGAACGCACUUCAUUCGUGUAAAGGAAAAAGGAGAGGUUAAAAAUGUCGAUGCAAUUGUAAAUGCUCGUUUUAAAGUGAAAACUGAGGAAACAGAUUUUUCAAUCGAAUUACACAAGAACGGGACCAAGUAA